AUGGCUACGGCAAGCGGGAGGUUGCGGCUUGCGUUCCGCAGUGUAGGGGUAACGCGAUCGCCUCUAACGGACUCUCCCGUCACCUUGUCCCCGUCUUCACGCAAGCACGCCCGGGCAUCAGGUUCCGUACUAACCGGAUGGCAACGGCCAGCCUCGUCGUCGUCGUCUUCUUCAAAGUGGGAGCAGGGAGCAGGACCAGGAGGUUCUUCGAGCGACAUAUUUACCAACGGCAGCACGCACAAAGGGACGCGUGACUAUGAGACACAGCGAGGCGCUGGCGACCAGCAGUCGCAGUUCUUUUACUCCCAGCAGCAAACGAGUGCGCAACAGGGGUCUUGUUUUGCGGAAGCCGGUGCAAAUCCGUCCUCAAGUGCAGCUAGCAGCUCUUCUACUUGCAUGGUCGGGCGAAACGGACGCGGCGGCACAGGCGGUGAUGCAGCAGGUCGCUCCUGUUCCUCGUCAUCUUCAUCGGCGUCUGGUAGUAGCAGCACCCCUAGCGUGUUUCUGUCGCGAGCGGGGAACGGGCUGAUGCACUACAACCUGCGGUACUCGCCAUUUCCGAGUCAUCGGCGGCGACAGCGCUUGGCUUUCUGCGAGUCCUCCCAGCGCGCGCUGCAGCACCGCCAGAAAUCCAGCCUGGACCGCGCCCGGCCACGCCGCGAGCGCAACUGGAACGCCGCCUUCGGGCGGCCACCGCCGCGAAUCCAGGCCACCGGGGCCUUCAACUCCGUGCGCCUCGGGCUGGCACAGCUGGAGGGAAACACCUUCUGUGAAGACCGGUACGCGUUCGACGAGCUGUACGUGGGUGGAUCGUCCGUCUUCCUCGUCUCCGUGUACGACGGGCACGGCGGCUGGCAGGUCGCGCACUUCCUGGAGCGCAACUUGCUAAACAACGUGCGGGAAAAGCUUUUCGAGAGCAUGUCGGCGUCCAACGGAUUCGGCGCCACCAAAGAUCAGGCGGAACCCUCGAUGAAGAGGAUGGCGCCGACGCGCGGCCCAGGUCCUCCAGGUGCAGCUCCUGCUGCUGCCGUGCCCACGGUUGUAGGCGACAAGGGCAUCAAGUUCACCGGGACCGUGGUUCCCACGGCCGUGGACGCCAGCGCAAUCGAGGGUGCGCUCCGCUCGGCCUAUUACGAGACCGACGAGCUGCUGAAGCGGCGUAUUCAGGAAUCGGUCUCCCUGGGCUUCGACCGCUUCGUGCGGCUCGGCUCCUGCGCGAUCACGGUGGCGGUCAGCGACUCGCACUACGUUAUUGCCAACGCCGGAGACUGCCGGGCGAUUCUGUGUCGGUCAAGAACGUCUGCGAAGGACCCUACAGCAAAGCCGGAGAUUGUCACCUUGUCAACCAUCCACAACGCGAACGAGCUGGCCGAGCGGGAGCGCUUUCGGUACGGCAUUCUCAAACGUUACAUUCUCAACUGUUACAAUAAUGGAUUUGUGACGCAAGAACAGACACAGUGAAAGCAAAGGGGCAACAAGCGUGGUGCACCUUUCGCAUUACAAACUCGGCACAGAAUCAGAUGCUCUGUAAUAGCCCUUCAAGAAGUUAUCAUGCGACGCAGCUUGAUCGUGGUGCGGCUCCUGAUCCUGAUGGCAAUUUUGCACGACACUGAGUGGAGGGUAACGUUUGAGAACCCCAUAUCCGGUCGGAGCGCCCGGAAGAAACCGACCUCGUGCAGUGCAUGCACGCCUACCAGGACCCGAAGACCGGCCGGCUGUUCCAGAACCCGGGCCCGGGCCUGGAGGAGGUAGAAACCGCCUGCUACAUCAAGGGUGUCCUGCAGCCGACUAGAGCCUUCGGAGACUUUGCGCUAAAGUGCUCGGAUCUGAAUGUCACCUUGGGCUCGUUCCCUGCCACUUCACUAGGUGCGCCGACGGGCAACAAAUCGAGCACGUACUCCCGGGUAGAAAUUUUUCUGGAUGGCUUAUUUACUUAUUUUCUCAACAGAAGAUUUUGAUUUUCAUCUGUUUGCUCUCUUUUUUUAUUGUAUAUGAAUCAAUGCUAAUGCUUCCCGAUGAUCGACUGAGUCUCUUUCUGCGUUUUCUUCUCUCAGUUUCCUGCACGCAAGGUCCGUCAUUUAUAUUUAUAGAUAUAUGAUGGAUCCUAGAUAUUGAUAUAUGUGUUUCCAACUCAUUGCUAACAGCCGGUUGUGCAGGACGCAGACUUUUCGAAAGGCCCCUAUAUUACCGCCGAGCCAGAGAUUAAGUUGCUCCCGCGCCAACCGGAGGACGAGUUUGUGAUCGUGGCAAGCGAUGGUCUGUAUAUCAAAUGCAAAUAUGUCUCAGUCUGGAAGGAUGCCGCUUGUGAUGCUGCAUUCGGAUUCCAAAAAAAUCUGUAUUGCAUGAGCAGCAAAUGCAAAAGGAAUCAAUCACAAUCUAAUUUUUGCUACGCGGGGACGAGGGCAUUUGUCAUGCGGAAUAGGCAUCAAGAAGCCCUCGAAAAAUCUGUGAUGCUAGGGCAUGCAUCCCAGACAUAAUGCAUGGCCCAUGCUGCAAAACGUGCAUGACGAGUCUCAGAAUCUUCCAGACCCGGACAACAUAUUUGCAAUUGAUACUGCACGACCUUCUACAAGACGAGGAGAUCAUCAGUAUAGCGCGCGCCGCCGGAAGCCCCGAGCUGGCUGCUGGCGCCCUAACUGAAGCGGUGAAAUCUCGAGCUAUCGAGGAGGCGGGACUGUCUCCCAAGGACUAUGAGCUGCUUACGCCCUCACAGCGCCGUGAUAUUCACGACGAUGUCACGGUGGGGGUGUUCUACCUGCAAUUUCCAGAGCACUGGCGCAACCAAAUCACGCAAGUUUCGCAGCAGCUCCAGAAAGUCUGUGACGACGUGCUGCGGCAGGUCGGUAACACUCUCAACGGCGCCCUUGGUAAUAUCACUUUUUUCAAGUACUAGGUUUCAUCUGGGUAGAUCCAGAUCUAAGUACAUCUAUCUAUUUUUCGCAGUGCUACGGGUCCAAAAUUCUGGGAUUGAGAUUCUGUCCCGAAGAGUCGCGUGCUCAUUUGCACUAUCGAAAACUACAACUGCUUACGUAGUACGAGAAAGCCGCAAAAAGAUGAAUGACGAUGUUGCGUCGAAUUAUAAGAAGUACUUGCACAUAGGCUUAGGCACAUAAGUAUAUCAAGAAAAUCGGAAAGAGCGCAAAACUUGUAGGUGUGGACGGAUCCGGUUUUUCCGUCUGCAUCGCUGACCCGUCGCUGGAGGAUUGUCCCUUGAUUGCCGUCUCUAUCCUGUGCAAAAGUAUCCCACUCGUACUAAUCGCAGUCAUGCAAGACAAAUUUCUUUGCCAAGCUAAAUCAGCAUCAGAAAUUCCAUUUGUCAUGCUUUGGUAAUUUGUAUUGCAAUACUACGAGUACGGUACUUUUGCAGUUCAUAGUCUCCCAGGGUUUCGAGGAGUUAACUGGCUACCCGGCAGAGGAUUGCAUCGGCCGCAACUGCCGGUUUCUGAACUACGGCGUCCCCAGCGAGAGGUUCGACGAGGAGACCCGGCAGCGUCUCCGAGCCUUCACCGAUGUGGCGGUGUCCGGGGAUCCGCUCGCGAUCGCGGGCGCCAACAUCGAUCCGCCCACCUGGGCCCGGGACAUCACCGGGGGCGGGGCCUACUUUCUGCGGUGGAACCGCAAGAAAACCGGGGAGCUGUUCCAGAACUUGUUUGUGCUUCGACAGAUCUGGGUGGACGACAAAACCUACCUGAUCGCGUUGCAAACCAAGCUCAGCGGCGGCACGCCGGGGGAUAUCGCAAGGAAAAAUCCCCCCUCCCCAUUUUGAAGAGGUAGGUUUUCGAAAAUUUGUGUUGCUGAUUUGAGGUCACAAAUCUCGUUUGUGUUGCAAGAAGACAAGGGCAGCAGCUUCCGUCCCAUUAUGGAGGCGGUUUGUCAUGCUGUUGAGCCAACAUCACGGACGCUUCUCAUGCUAAGCGCCUAAGUAAGUCAAAGCAUCUCUGCUCAGGCUUGAUAUGGGUCUGCAGUCCUCUCUAGCAAGACAGAUGUGAUUUGUGUACUCAAAUACAGCAACACAAAUUCCGCUUUCGAUAUGGGGAGGGGGGAUUUUUCCUCACAAUAGGGGAGUUGCUCUCUGCCCAGCAGCUCGCCGACCUCAAUCGCUGUUGCGACGUGGUCUCCCGUAUCACAUGCAAAAAUGUCUAGGUCUGGAACCUUGUGAUGCGAGUCUGUGAAUAAUGUUGAGCGCACUGCAAUAGAAGGUGACCAAGCGUGACAAGUUUUUGAGCUGCGGUGUGUUGCGUAUUCCGCAUGGCAGGCAGCUCCAUUUUUGCACGACAGGCAAUAGGAUCUACUUUUCGCGCCUGAGCAGAACAGAGUUAACAGGCAUGUCAGACAAGCAUGUUGACACCUCUUGCACUCUUCCAGACCAAGGCAUAUUUGCAUUUGAUAUCCCGCAACAUCUCGAAAAAAAUCACGGGACUUGAGCAGGCACUGCGGCCGCAAAACGUCGGGGAACCGCAGGCUUUGCGUGACAUCAUGCGACCUUUCCGGAAGAAACAGUCCUCGGGAACGGGGAAAGCGGCCAAGCAGUGAGAAUUUGUAUUUUAAUUUUACAGUAUUUCAAAUACAGUGCAGUCAAGUACUGACGAUCCUGUGUAUAUGUGAUGUUUAACCAAGUGGUAGUUAUUUUAAGUUCUUUGUGCAGGGAGCAGUGGUGGAUUAUGCAACCGAGCAAGUUGUAUGUACCAAAACAACAAGGCCCGCUAUCCGUAUCCAGAUCCACCUCCAAUGGAGCUGCAUUCAAGAGAGACGGAUGUUUUCUCAGGCUCAGUAUAGUUGUAGUAAAUAUCCGAAAGAGUCGUUCGCUGUACCGCGUUGGCUCUCUCAGCCUCUAGGUACUACCAACAGUGACAAAAUUGUUACUCCUACUCAGUUCUUUACUAUCUACGAGUGAACAAGAACAGUAGCAGAUGCACUAACUUAAGUACAUUCUUUUAUUAGCCAAGCAUCACAGGCAAAGCACGACGGACAACAGUUGCAUGCUAGUAUCUACAGCUUUGUAGUCCGCCCGUGUCUAUUUGAGAUGAAAUCAGAAUACGCCAAUUCAUUGACGUCACAAACGACGAGUGUAUCGUCGAUAUUGUGCAAAGUUCGAUGCAACCAUUUGAUGCGCGAAGAAGGAAGUCGUAGUCGAUUUAGCAUGAAGGUAUCAAUAACGGAAUUGGAAGAGAGCAGGAGUAUAUUCUCGUCUCCGCUUUCAUGGUCUUUUGGAUGAGGUCUCUGCUCGUCACCAUGUAACCAGCCUCCAAGCGUCUCCAUGCAUUUCGCGUGGCUCGCUGUGUCCAUGUCCAGAAAUAAAGAACAACACUAAGUCGAUCGGAUCUCUGCGUCGCGCGCCGUGGUGGAGCUCCUUGACCUUGCAGAAA